AUGCCAGGACUCUCGCCCGACGAUUCCAUAUGGAAAAAACGAAAGAGGGAAGAUGAGGCAUCCCUCGGUCGGCCAACAUAUAUGCCUUCCUUCCGAGUAGAGGAAUUCGACUGCCACCCUCUGCAAGACUCGAGCCACCGUCCUCGCUGUCUACCUCGAAAACGCAGACACCUCGGUUCCUACCUCCUGCCUCCGCAGAUCCAACACACGCAGUCAACCCACCUUUCACCAAAUAUCUAUUCUACAGAUCCUUACUCGCCUCCAAUCUCUCCAAAGACCCUUGUUCCACUCCACUAUCCACAAUCUGCAUCCCCUACGGUGCUUCGCCCCUGUCACAUCUGUCACCGACGUCCAACCACCCGACAAGUUCUGGACGCUUACGCAGACUGUGACCUGUGCCAUGAGCGAGCAUGCUUCAUCUGUCUGCGUCAAUGCGACAGUCCAAGUUGUCAAACCCCGACAGAUGUGAAAUACCACCCAGAUUCAGAUGUGGAUGCAGAUAUCAACACUACAAAGCGCAAGAUCUGCUCUGCAUGUGCCGUGGAAGACAUCACGCAGACCGGAGCGGAAAUCGUCCGCUGCCUGGACUGUGUACGUGGAUGGGAUCCGCAAUGGGCUCUUGAUAGUAUGCAUCAGGAUUAA